AUGUACGCCAGAUAUAUUCCUCCCUCAAAGGGUGGAAAUGGGUCGAAUUCUACUCCUUCCAACUCUGCGCCAUCACCAAAAAUCGAAUCCAAUACAGCUCCUGCUCAUGCGCCCGCCGCCAAUGCUUUUGGCUACACGCGAUACGUCCCUCCCAGCGCAAAGCCUGCGCCGCCUCAACCUCAAGUCCCCCAAAAGCAAUACUUUGACGAUGAGCCCGCAGUAACUCCCAAGAGGAAGUUCGACACCACAGAAGAAUCCCAGAGUUCUGCUCAACCAGACAAUAAAAAGUCAAAGAUUGUAGAGCCAACACAAAAGGAUAGCGACGAGACGCCAAAGAAGAAGAAAAAGGUCAGAAGAGGCAAGCGGAGAACUGCGGCUAUCGACGAUGAAGAUGACGAAGGCGACGAUGAUAAGCCAGCUCAAAAGGCACCUGCAACAAAAUCCGAGUCUAAGCCCAUAGAACACCAAGAGUUGCAAGAAGAUGGUCCGGCUGUUGAGGAGACUGCUGUAGCAGAGAAGGAACAGCAGAAAAAGGACAAAAAGAAAGAGAAGAAGGAUAAAAAGAAGAAAGAAAAGGAACAGAAACAAGAACAGGAAGAGUCCAGUACCUCCACAAUCCCAGCCGAGGAUCACGAUCAAGAUGUUCAAAUGGAAGACGCUACAGAGCCCGCAAACGAACCCAAGACCGCUUCCGAGGAUCUAUUAGCAGAGGAGGAAAAGAAACAGAAGCGAAAGGAGAAGAAGAAGAAACACAAGGAAUCCCAGCCGGCAGAGGAAGAAGUAGAGGAUAAGGAAGAGAACAAACGACACAAAACUGUUAUGGAGCGACUGGAGAAGUCCCUCAAGCUAGCCAGUGAGAUAGCUCCAGGCGAGGACGACGAAGAGGACCAGGGUGAACUCCAUGGCCUUGAGCCACUGCCGCAACCAGCACCAGUGGUCACACUCACCAACGCCAAACCGAGCGACGACGAUACCCUUCCUCCUUGGUUAGCAAAGCCGUUCCGGGUCUCGCAGGACACUCGGACACCAUUUUCCAAGCUGGAUAUCCUGCCCAAGGCCUGCCGUGUGUUGGAAGAAAAGGGCUUUCAAGAUGCAUUCGCUGUGCAAACCGCUGCGAUUCCUCUCCUACUUCCUACAAGCAGACCCGGCGACGUGUGUGUUUCUGCGGCCACUGGUUCCGGAAAGACGCUUGCUUAUGCCUUGCCUGUUACACGGGAUAUUAGUCAAGGAUGCCUUACCAGGUUACGAGCACUAGUCGUUCUGCCCACCCGAGAACUUGUCAAGCAGGCUCAAGAGACCUUUGAGCUUUGCGCUAGAGCGUUCGAUGGCGGUGACCGAAAGAGAGUGCGCAUGGGUGUUUCCGUUGGUAGUCAGUCUUUCGAAGACGAACAGAAGGCUUUCAUGGAUCAGGAGCUCCGAUAUGACCCUCAAGCGUACAAGAAUCUGCAAGACGAGGUUCAAAAACAAAACCAGUUGAAGUUGGGUCUUUCUGCAACGGAUAGUCUCGAAGAUAUGCAAGAUGCAGACCCUCGAUUGAGCAGCAAGAACGGCUACGUGGUUGACUUCCUCUCCAAGAUUGAUGUCUUGAUCUGUACACCUGGUCGACUCGUCGAGCAUAUGGAACAGACACCAGGUUUCAGUCUCGACUACGUUCGGUGGCUAGUGGUCGAUGAAGCCGACAAGCUUCUGGCGCAGAGCUUCCAGGGCUGGCUGGACGUAGUCAUGGAAAAGUUCCGUAUUAACAAGCCUACCGCGCGGGACUUCCCAGACAUAAACUAUUCCGGCGUUCGCAAGAUCAUUCUGAGUGCCACGCUCACUAGAGACUUGAGUCUUCUCAACCAGCUAGGUCUACACAGGCCACAGAUGAUCGUUCUCGAGAGCGACGGUGAUGUCCAGAUUGCCGAGCAUUCUCUGCCCGCACAGCUGAGGGAAUACUCCAUCAGAGUUCACGACACGGGUCUUAAGCCGCUCUACUUACUCGACCUUCUCCGCAGCCAAGAUAUGCUCAUGGCCAGUCCCGACAGGGACCAGGAAGCUUCUAAUCUUGACAAGGCUGCAGAUUCAGAUACCAGUUCUGAUUCGAGCUCUAGCUCUGAUUCAGGCUCCGACUCUGACUCUGACGCAACCUCAGACACAAGCUCCGACUCGGAUUCAGAGUCUGAGUCUGGGGCUAAGCCCAAGACUUCCGGUCGAUCACUCAAGUCCCACAUCCCCUCUUCCCUUAUCUUCACAAAGUCCAACGAGGCCGCACUACGUCUAUCACGGCUGCUCGUUCUCCUGGAUCCUUCGCUGGAAUCUCACAUCGGUACCCUUACAUCCACAACACCAACACACAUCCGUCGUAAGACAAUCCGAGCUUUCUCAACACCCUCGUCUCCCAUCCGCCUCCUUGUUGCUUCUGACCUUGUUGCCCGUGGUAUUGAUCUUCCCAAUCUCGACCACGUCAUCAACUACGACAUGCCCCCCAGCGUGGCAGGUUACGUGCACAGAGUUGGUCGUACAGCACGAGCUGGCAAGUCGGGAAGCGCGUGGACGCUCGUUGGAGAUGAUGAGAGUUGGUUCUAUAACAAGAUCGGAAAGAACGCAGGUAUUAAGAGAGGCCAGAAGAUGGAAAGGACAAGAAUUGAGGAGAUGGAUGAGAAGCGAGUUGAGGAGUACGAAGCUACUCUGGAGAAACUUGGACAAGAGGCCGGAAGGCGGUAA